UAUUUCACCAUUGUUAAACCCGAGUGAGUCCGAUUUACAUUGUAAGAGCGGGAAAUAAUUGCGGAAAGGCAGCUGUGAAGCAAGAAAAGAGUCUACUGCCUAACAAUCUAAUGGGUGUAGAAUCGGAACCUGCGAGCAAGAAGCCAAAAAUGCCCCUUGACAAUGUUGUUUUAAGAUUUGCUAAAUUGACAGCCAAUGCUCUCUGUCCGACUAGAGGUUCUAAGUUAGCUGCUGGAUAUGAUUUGUACAGUGCCUAUGAUUAUAAGAUUCCAUCUAAAGGGAAAGUUUGUGCAAUGACAGACAUACAGAUAGCACUUCCAGAAGGCUGCUAUGGUCGUGUCGCACCAAGAUCUGGUCUUGCUGCCAAGCAUUUUAUUGAUGUCGGAGCUGGAGUGAUUGACCAGGAUUAUCGUGGUAAUGUCGGAGUUAUCAUGUUUAAUUUUGGAGAACAGGAAUUUGUUGUAAAUAAAGGUGACAGAAUUGCUCAGCUGAUAUGUGAAAGAAUUUAUAUUCCUGAAUUAGAAGAAUGUGAGAACUUGAAUGCAACUGAAAGAGGAGAUGGAGGAUUUGGUUCAACAGGAACCAAUUAAAAGGGGCAUGGUGAUUAUGGUCAACCAAUUGGAUCUUGUAACUGUGUCAGGUGACAGGCUCAAGACACUUUUCGAAUGGUUAAAACCAUGGAUAUUAAAUAUCUAUAAUUUGUCCACUUCUAUGUUUUCAUUUCAGUUCUGUGUAUGUUGAAAACAUGUAUGUUGUCUAAUAUUCAUGAAUUGCUUUGUAAAUUUCAUAUAAUUGUGUGUGCUGGUGAAUGCUUGUGUAAAUGAAUCAUCAUCUGAAUGUGAAUUAAAAUGUUCGAGUAAAUGAGUCGUUACUGUGAAUGCUUGUGAAGAUGAAUCAGAUAAUUUUGUAUACAUGUACAUUUGUGUAAAUGAAUCAUUAUAUGAAUCGAAUAAUUGGGUUUUGUUUUGUCAUUUAGACCUCAUCGCAAUUAAAAUCAUGUAGCAAUACAAAUCCUAUGUCUUUCAAAAGAAUUACAAGUGUUCAAAAUGUUCGAGCUGUUUCAUUUAAAUUAAAAUGUUAUUAGAGAUGUUUCAUUUAAAUAAAAUGUGAGCUCGAGCAAAUUUUUAUCUUGGUCUGUGCAAAAAAACAAAAAACAAGUCCUUUUGAUACUAAAAGAAAAAUAAAAAGUAAUAGUAUUAACUUUAAAUUUUACCAAUAAUAUAAUUUUGAUAAAUAUCUUCUGCAACAAGAUUCACAAAGAUGUAGUAAAAGAAGCUGAUCUAAAUUUAAAGGUAUUAGAUUUAAGUUGCUUAUUUGACAAAAGUUUAGUAAUAUUAUUAGCCUUUAAUUGUGUUGAGCAAUAUUGUUGACUGUUUCUAUGCACUAAUGUGUUCAAAUGUUUUUAGUGCUAUUUGUAUUCUACCUCGUGUAAGAAUUUUGUUGCUUUGUUAUAUUAUGUUUGUAAGGUCCUGUAAGCUACCAGGUUUUCUUUGAAAUGUUCUCGUAUAGCAAAUCUUAGCUGCUGAAAAGUUGUGAAUCAGUGAUUCAAAGCGUGAAAAUCACAAUGCCAAAUUAAGGGCAUACGAUACAGUUUUGAUCCUGUAUUUACAAGUUCAUAAAAAUUUGCAGAUAGGCUAUUUUUUACCUGAUUAAAUCAAAUAUGUAAUAAAAAUUAUACCUUUAUGUGCUACUUUUUGAGUAAAAUGAUGUCGAAAUUUUGUAUAUUUGCUCGAAACUCAGAUUUGUGGCCGUAAUUUCUUUUUCGAAAGAAAUACAUAACUUUUUUGUUAUAAAAGAUAAAAACAAAUUGUUUUUUGUUAAAUAAUCGGUAAUUUCUGUAUUUUAUAAAUAUCUUUAAAAAAUAUGCAAUUUUUUAUUCAGAAAUGACUCAUAUUUAUCAAAUGUUCAUGAAUUGAGUAAAAAAAGUAAUUUAUUACUGCAUGUUUAUUACAAUUAAAAAAAACUUUUUAGUAAUCACUAGACUUGCCACAAUGGCAAAUUUUGUUGACAUGAAAUUCUCCUUCAACAAGCAUUUACAUAUUUUUCAUGACUUUAUAAAAUUUUGACUUUAUUUCAAUUGACUUUAAUUUGAAAAUUCACAUGUAUUUUACAUGAAAAAAAAGCUUUAUCAGUCUAAAUUCACUUAAGUGAAAUACUUCUCUCAUAGACCUUAUGUAAAAGAAAAAUCUUCCUACCUACCCUUUUUUCCAAAGAUGUAAUACGACACACAUAUUAUUUUAUUUGGCAUAAAUGUUGUGAAAGGCUGUUUAAAGGGCAUAAAAAAAGAAUAACUGAAGUUUACAGGACCUUAAGAUACCACCGACUUGUGUUCAAUCUGUAAAUAGUAUUAUUGCAAUUGUAGUAUGAUUAGUUAUGGUACCAGUUUUGUAUAUUUUGUUAUGGAGUACCAGUUUUGUUGAUUGGUGAGGGCUGUAUAGCCAGUCAAUGUCGUUUAAAAAGGUAGAUUAUAUAGUUAUGGGUACCAGAAUUGUAGUUAAUUCCCUAAUAAAGAGUACUAGUAAUGGCAUUCUAUAAACUCUGGUUAAGGUUGUACCAAUAUUUUAAGUAAAAGUACUGUACCAGUAAUUUAGAAUCUCUGAUUAAGGAUGUACCAUUAUUUUUAAUAAGGGUUCAAAUUAUGAAGCAUGUUCAUUUAUUGAGAGAGGAGAAAGUCCUUAAAUUUUACAGUAUAUUUGGAAGCAUACUUGUUAUACUGUAUAUCAAAAUUAAAGUAUCUUUCUUGUGUUAAAAAGUGUUCGAAGAUAUUCUCAGCGGUCAAAAAUGUCUUGAGUGUUCAAAUCUAAAUGUGUUCAAAGAUUGUUUUGUUUUUAUUUAACAAAGAUAUCUGACAUAUUUUUUUUCUAUCGUAUUUGUUAAAAUACCCCCCACAUUAACUUGUUUUAAUACACAGUUGUCUUGAUAAUAAAUAGCAAAGAAUUCUGUUCAAACUCUGGUACUAGGGGCAUUUUGAAAUUAAAAAGUUGUACAAUUAUAAAUACAAUACUUAGUUCAACUUGUUGAUGAAUGAUAUUCCAAUUUUGUAUUAUCUGCUAUUUCAUUUUAGAGAAAUAUUACUUCUCAACUGAACAACUUUUAAUUGCAAGGGUAUUAGAAUUGAGUUUAAAAAAUGUAUAAUAAAAAAAAAGAGUCACUUUAUGUCCAGGAUUACUCGUGAUAAUGUCAAGAAUUACUCAAGUGAUUAUGUCAAGGGUUACUCUUGUGAUGUUGACGGUUAUUACAUUCCAUCAAUGCAUUAUUUUACUGCAUCAACUUUUAUAUUGUAGGAAAACUGAGCUGAAAUUUAGCAGUUGUAUAAGUUUUCCUAAUGUAUGCAUUAAUUUUUUUUCAACUUCAGCCUAAAUUCAUAGAUGUAAACUAACUAUUGCGAAUAUAAAGAACAAAACUAGAAUUUGUUUUCACAGAUGUAAAAACAAAUUUUGAAUUUAAAGAACAAAUCUAGAAUUCCUUUUAUGAAAAGGUUUAUGAACAAAACAAAUUCAUUUUUUUUUAUGUUUUGAAAGGACUUUGAAAAAGUUAUUACAUUUUUAAUAAAAUGUUCAGUAGUUCA